AUGGCCAGCGUGCCCCCCAAUGUGAGGUUCGAGAUAGACGAUGUCGAAGAAGAGUGGACGUACUCGGAACCAUUCCACUACAUCCACAGCCGCUUUAUGAACGCCAGCAUUGCAAAUUGGAAAGAAUACCUCAAAAAAUGCUACGACAACAUUGCACCAGGCGGAUACCUUGAGCUUCUCGAGAAUCAAGUCGACCCCGUAUCCGAUGAUGGCACGCUUCCUAAGGACUCUUCGAUUCACGAGUAUGUCGAUCUCAUCCGUUCUGGGUCCGAAAAGAUGGGCCGCGUGUUCGUCGACGUAUCUACCCUCAAAAGUCUUGUUGUUGAGGCUGGCUUUGUCGACGUCGAGCUCCAGAUAUUCAAGUGGCCUAUGAAUGGUUGGCUCAAAGAUGAGAAAUACAAGAAACUUGGCCUUUGGUGUCACGAGAACUUCUCCAGCGCCCUGGAAGCCGUAUGCAUGGCGCUGCUCACCCGCGUUCACGGCUGGACCCGCGACGAGGUCGACGUUUUUCUCGUCAAUGUCCGGAAGGAUUUGAAGAACAGGAGCUAUCACGCCUACUUCCCCAUGUGA